AUGCCCCGUUUGACCAAUUUGACGUCUUUGCACGUGUCUGACAUCUCAAAUUCCAUCAAGUUCUAUUCCGAUGCCUUCGGGUUUAAAGAGCUAAGCCGCGUCGAGACUCCCCAAUAUGUUUCUGUAUUUAUUGGUCUCGGCAAUACCCACGAAAAGCAUCUCGCACGUAGAGAUGGUGUAGUGGAAUUACGCCAAUUGAAGAACACAUCGGUGAAAAUCUAUAACGGCAAUUCGGAUCCUUACCGAGGAUUCGGCCAUCUUUGCGUUUCUGUGUCGAACAUAGUUGAAGCUCAGAAGCACUUGUUGAAGCAAGGAGCCAUCUUUCAAAAGAGAUUAGAAGAUGGAAGGCAGAAGGACAUUGCUUUUGUGCUUGAUCCUGAUACCUAUUGGAUCGAAUUGAUUGAGAACGCCAUUGAAAAGAAGGAAGGCGUGUAUAAUUUGGGUUCCAACCGUCUCAAUCAUACGAUGAUUCGUAUUCGUGAUCCGAAGAAAUCGUUGGAUUUCUACCGGAAUGUGUUGGGAAUGAAGUUGUUUUCAACCAGGAAGCAUGAGUCUGCCAAGUUUACCUUAUACUUUUUGGGUUAUGAGGAAGACCCUAACUAUGUGGAAGACCAAGAAGACAAAGUGUUACAGGCAGGACGUCAGUCAAUCAUCGAGUUGACCCAUAAUUGGGGUACGGAGUUGGACGAUUCGUUCAGAUACUAUGUAUUUGGAAAGGAUCAAGGAGUGGUUGGUUUCGAUCACUUUACGGUUUCUGCUAGCGAUGCCAAGAGUUUGGUGGACUCCUCGAAUGCCGAGGUGCUCGUCAAAUACAACGAGAAGCCUGAGUUGAAAAAUACUGGUGUGUUGGCCGAUCCAGAUGGAUGGAAAGUGUACAUUCAAGAUUAUUAG